AUGUGCAAGGCCAUGAGCAAAGCAGCGAGCUGGGAGAUGGACGGACUGCGCGGCGACAGCAGCGGCGGCGGCGGCGGCGGUGGCGGCGGUGGCGGCGGUGGAGCCCCCGGGCAGUGCCGUAAUUUUCUCUCCUCGCCCGUUUUCGGGGCGGCGCACACGGGCCGAGCAGCCGCCGCCGCCGCUGCCGCCGCCGCCGCCUCGGGGUUCGCCUACGCCGGCGGAGGGGAGCGCUCGGGGGCGGCGGCGAGGCCCGACCCCCCGGCCAAGGACUGCCCGGGCUCCGCCGCGCCGGCCGCCGCCCCCGCGCUCGGCUAUGGGUAUCACUUUGGCAAUGGAUACUAUAGCUGCAGGAUGUCCCACGGGGUUGGGAUACAGCAAAACGCCCUGAAGUCUCCCCCCCAUGCCUCCAUUGGCGGCUUUCCCGUGGAAAAGUACAUGGACGUCUCCAGUCUGACCAGCACGAGUGUGCCCGCCAAUGAAGUCUCCUCCAGGGCGAAGGAAGUGUCCUUCUACCAGGGCUAUACAACCCCCUACCAGCACGUUCCUGGGUACAUAGACAUGGUCUCAACGUUUGGCUCUGGGGAACCGAGACACGAAACAUACAUAUCAAUGGAGGGCUAUCAGUCUUGGACUCUGGCUAAUGGCUGGAAUAGUCAGGUUUACUGUGCCAAAGAUCAGACACAGAGCUCACACUUUUGGAAAUCGUCCUUUCCAGGAGACGUUGCACUAAACCAGCCCGAUAUGUGCGUCUACCGGCGUGGGAGAAAGAAGAGAGUGCCGUACACAAAACUGCAGCUUAAAGAACUCGAGAAUGAAUAUGCCAUUAACAAGUUCAUUAACAAGGACAAGAGGCGAAGGAUAUCCGCAGCCACAAACCUGUCUGAGAGACAAGUUACCAUUUGGUUUCAGAACAGGAGGGUGAAGGAUAAGAAACUAGUCUCCAAACUGAAAGACAAUGUAUCUUGAUCUAUUAGUUGCGGACAGUGAUGGAUAUAUAAACUCAAUUUACGACCAGCUAAAGACUUUUGGAAAGACUUGAAAAUAUAUUUAAUUUUUUUUCUCCUUCCAGCGGUGGCGAAACUUCGGGAAUUGUUUUC